UUUGUUUACUAAACCGUCAAGAUCGUGGUACUGCUUUGUGUAAACUCGUCUGUUGCCACCAGUUUAAGGCCUAUCUUAAUAUUUAUAUAGGAUAUAGAUAUUUAUCCACAGUUUGAUUAACAGCAAUGAGUAGCGGUGGCCCGGUCGGCUCGUUGGGUUGGUUUCGCUCAGACCGAUGCCUCUCUGCGGGAUAGGCGAAGCUGCUUUACCGUGUACUCUGUUUGCGAGGCUUCCCAGAGCGAACACCUAACGUUGGCUGCGCAAAUCAAGAAGCUCGUUUCCGCCGCCAGUCUUUCUCUGUGCCAGUGUGAACUAUGGAGAGCACUCAGGUGACUUUGGUUGUGAGAGGAGAAACAUGCCCAGGGGAGGUGAUUGCAGUUGUUGGUAGCUGUGAAGCCCUGGGAUGCUGGAGCCAUCAAAAAGCUGUGAUCUUGCUUCCUGAUGCUAAUGAUGGAAAUACAUGGACUACAACAAUCAGUGUGCCUAAAGGAGUUGUUUCCAAGUACCGCUAUUUUAAAGGCUUCUUUCUGCAGUCAAAGAGUGCAGGUGGUCCCUGUCAAGUGAUAGUCAAUAUGUGGGAGACCCAUCAUCAGCCCCGCACGAUGAGCCCCACAGCAACACACCAGAAUAUUGAUGAUGGACAAUUUGGAAUUCACAAUGGGGUGAAUUGUGUUGACUCUGGGUGGCUGACGUGCCAGACAGAGAUUCGCCUGCGUCUGCACUAUUCUAAGGUGCCUCCGGUGUCUAUCACUAAGAAGAAAUUCAAGAAGUCUCGCUUCAGAAUCAAGCUGACAUUAGAGGGUGUAGAGGAGGAGGAAGAUGAGGAGGAAGAUGAGCUCAGUCCUUCAUCUUGGCACAAGAUGCCCACCACUCUGGAGAUCAGUAUGAUCAGUGCCAAUGGCUACAAGUCGCGCCACUCGCAGCCUGAAUGUGGGUAUGCACUGGAGCCCUCCCAGUGGACUGAGUACAGCAUCCACACCAUGGACCCAGACAACCUAGAGCUCACCUUUGAGUUCUUUGAGGAGGACAUGGGUGAGCAUGUAGUCCAGGGGGAUACUCAUCCAGGACACGUGGGUACAGCUUGCCUCCUCUCCUCCUCUUUUUCCGAGAGCGGUAAGGACAACGGAGUGGUCACGCUUCCCAUUAUGGGCCGAAAUUCCAGACAGACCAUCGGGAAAGUCAGAGUGGAUUACCUGGUAAUCCGGCCCAUUCAAGGGCUGCAGUGCGACAUGAGCUCCUCGUUCACCAAGUACUGGAAGAAAAGAAGUGCCCUGGAUGUGGGUCACAGGGGAGCUGGCAGCACACACGCAGCCAAGCACCACAGAGUCAGGGAGAACACAAUAGCCUCGUUUAAAAGUGCGGCCAAGCAUGGUGCAGCAUAUGUAGAGUUUGAUGUCCACCUCUCCAAGGACGCUGUUCCCAUUGUGUACCACGAUCUGACGUGCUGCAUUUCCACCAAGAAGAAAAAUGACAAGAAUUUGGAGCUCAUUGAGGUGCCAGUCAAAGAUUUGACAUUUGAUCAGCUUCAGCUUCUGAAGCUGGCCCAUGCCACUGCGAUGAAAGGAAACGAUGACAAAGAUCUGCUGGAUGAUGAAGAUGAAAUUGAUGAGCAUCAGCCUUUCCCCUCACUCUCGCAGAUUUUCCAAGCUAUUCCUGAGCACGUGGGCUUCAACAUUGAGCUCAAAUGGAUCUGCCAGAUGAAGAACGGGUCAUGGGACGGCAACCUAUCGUCCUACUUCAACAUGAACACCUUCCUCGACAUCGUCCUCUCCUGUGUUCUGCAGAAAGGAGGAAAAAGACGCAUUGUCUUCUCCUGCUUCGACCCAGAUAUUUGCACAAUGGUGCGUCAGAAGCAGAAUAAGUACCCCAUCCUCUUCCUGACUCAGGGAAUUUCAGACAGGUAUCCCGAGCUGAUGGACAUCCGCUGCCAGACCACUCAGAUCGCCAUAAGUUUUGCCCAGAGUGAGAAUAUUCUGGGGAUCAGUGGCCACACUGAGGAGCUGCUGAAGAACCUCUCCUUCAUUGGGGAUGCCCAGUCUAAAGGGCUGGUGGUGUUCAGCUGGGGAGAUGACAACAACGACCAUGAGAACAGAAGGAGGCUGAGGGAGCAGGGCAUUGAUGGGCUCAUCUAUGAUAGUAUCUGUGAGGACCAAGGAGAGCAGCCAAACAUCUUCCAGGUAGAGGAGCAACACACCCUGCAGGAGGUUAUUACAGAGGAGACCCUGAAGAGCUCCACCUGCUCCUGCUACUCCAUUCCCUGCUCCAUGGCUCCCUGCAUUGCCUCCAAGGCCCGUGCUGGCAGCGCUGAGUCCGACUCUGGCCUCAGUUCCUCAUAAAUAUUCCCAAACUCUACUUUUCAGUGUACCUCGCUGCACAUACACACUCAAGAGGACCACUGUGGGAAUUUGCGACUAAACAAAAGCUCAGAGAUGACAGCUUAUGUUUGUGUAUAUAUUCUAAAAUCAAUGGAAGAUUGUGACCCCCCCCCCCCAUACAUGAGUAAAUACAUUUAAACCAUCUCCACUCCACUCUGCUGACUAACAGAUUUUGUCUGUUAUCUUCUAUCUCCACAAAAGCUUUGUUAUUUAUGCUGUCAAUUGAAAUAGUUGGAUGUUUUGCCAAAAUAUGAAGCCAGCCAUACACACGAGGUGAUAUACUAGUGGGAAAUUGGAAACUUAUGCUUCACAGUGGAUAUUUAUUCAGCCAAUAUGUUGCAUCUCUUCAUAGUCUAAGUGCUAAAUGUCAAUGUGUCUGAUAAUUCACAGGUGUAAAGUGACAGAACUGCAAAUUGUAUUCAUAAAUUUCAUGAUGCAGGGUUAUGCUGUCUUGCCGUUUCUGCUGCUACGUCUUUUCCAUGCAUGUAGCCAUGACAUAAGUGUGAGUAUGAGACGCACAGAUAUAGUUUGGGAGUGCCUGGCACAUCCAUUAUUGGGUUAGGUUUGCAUACAACACAAAGAACAAGAAGAUAUGCAUUGUGACUGCAGUUCAGGUUGUCAGUCAUGAACGCUCACCUCUCGGUAGACAGUACAUAAUAGAUCACUUUCCUCUGGACUGCUGGAAGCACUUGCUCCUCCUCUCCACACCUUCAUGCCUGCUUAUUGACUUUAAAGGAUUAAGAGCUUUUAUUGUGAAAUUACAUACUGCACAAUGGAUGUACUGUAAAAUUUAUCCUGUUUAUCCACUUGAUUUAUGGAAAAGCAGAAGAAUGUUUUAUUUGUGACUGUGCACACACGUACAUAUCACAGCCUUAAGGGGGAAAAAUGUGUUUUUUGCCUUUUGUUUCAAAAUCGCCAAUACCUCACUCAUCUAUUAGAAUAGAAUAGAGUUGUGAUGUACUGAAUACAUACUUGCUGUUUAAUGUCACUACAACCAUACUUUCUAUUGCAUGGCAGAUUAUUUUAUGGCACCGAUCACACUUGAGAUAAUCAUUGAAUUAAAGUUAUUUAGUGUAAGUGCAUUUUGAAUACAACAAAACAAAUCCAGUUAUACUGUACUGUCUGUAUAUCUGUCUCAUUGCACAACCUCUCAGCUCGAAACUGAUGAUUGAGUCACGCACGGUUAGUGUGUCUCUGACUGAAUAACCAGGGAGAACGAACGAGUGUUGUGUGUAAUAUGAACUGCCACUUCAGGACAGAUACAUGUAAAUGCUAAUGUAAAUAAAAUCAAAACCUAUAUUUGU